AAGAUUUGGUUAAAGGUCGAUAUUUUAUUAAUUGAUAAAAUUUUACAGAUUACUUUCAGUCAAUCUCGCAAUUUAGCGUUAGUGGUGGCAUAUAAAACAUUAGAUGGCGUGAAUCUUAAUUCAGACAAUCUGAGGAAAUCUGAAAAAUCGGACGGACUUCUCACUACCAUGUACGUAUCCUAUUACAAUACAACAGACGUGGACAACGAAUCCACUACUUCUACAGAGGCAGUCAUUGCCGUCACCAAUUCUACUCCUCAGCAUAACUUCAGCACCACCACGCAUAUAUACGAAAAUAUCGCUCCUGUCACCCUGUUGUUUUUCUUUGGAGUGGCUGGUAACAUCAUUGCUGUGCUCGUUCUGUUUUGUUCUUCAAAAACUCACAAAUGGCGUCCGUUCUACAAACUCGUUUGUGGACUGGCCAUUUCAGAUGGUGGGGGAAUACUUGCGUCCUACCCAAUCGCCGAGUAUCGAUACAUUUCUAAUUUUGAAUACGUGUUCCCCAAACAUUUGUGCGAUUACUUAGGAUUCGUCUUCAUGUUCACCUUAAUGUCGUCUGCAAUGAUUGUCUGCUGCAUGUCAAUUGAUCGCUUCUUUGCAAUAUUUUUCCCGUUCCUAUACAACACUCCUACUAAGAAUCGUCGAACUUGGAUAAUGCUGGGGAUCGUCUGGAUCUUAGCAGGAGUCCUUAGCUCUCUGCAUCUGUAUGGUUUGGGCGCGAGUAUGAACUACUACCCAGGGUCCUGGUGUUUUCUGGACUUCAUCGACAUGUCGGUGACAUCAAAGGUCAUCUACUCCUACAUCUACGCCACCACUGGAGCAAUAGUUGUUAUAAUGACUGUGUUCAUCAACUUCUUGGUGAUCAUUUUUUUCAUCAGGAACAAGUUCAGCAAGACUGCCACGAAGACCAAGCGCAAUGACCUUCCAGUGGUCCUCUUCCUGUUAGCGAUCGUCGUACUCUUCACUUCCUGCUGGGCUCCACUUAUGGUGAAUGUAUUUCAGCACGCGACGUUUUCUGUAAGUGGGCAGGGAAAAACAGAGCUCACUUUUUUGCGCAUGGCCGUGACCAAUUCGGUGAUUGAUCCAUGGCUUUACAUUUUGUUUCGGAAGGAGAAUCUUGUAAUCCUGGUAAAUUUUGGGAAUCGUUUACUUGGAAGAAACAACAGUCCACGGCCAUCAAACACAUCAAGAUCGAGGGACUCUCAGAAAACAAACAACGAGACAAUAAAAACAGUUAGUACCAUGUAGGAUGUUGAAUUGAGAAUAUAAAAUUCAAGUCAGAAACGAUUGUCAGAAGUUGACUGUUAGCAUU